AUGGCAUCCAGCACGCACUCAGGCAAUCUGCUGGGAGUCCAGCUCGGUGGCUCCCUCGCAAUCUUGGCAGUCGGUGUGUGCGGGUCCUUCAUUCCUUACAUGCUUGUUAAAUGCAGGUCGUCAGACAAGGCCUUGCUUUAUUUAAAUGCAGGUUCUGCUGGGAUCCUCCUGGGCGCUGCAUUUAUACAUAUGGUUCCCGAAGCGACUGGGAAGCUUGAUGCUCUUCUGGGCGGCUUCCCCCUGUCCUAUUUCUUAUUCUGCAUCGGUCUCUUUCUCAUGAUUUGGCUCGCAAGGAUAGGCGGUCAUCCGCAUCCGCACGUCAACCCCCGCAUCCAUCCGGAUUGCAACGUGUGUAUGCAGCCCUCCAUCUUGCAUAAUGCGCAGACACAACUUUACAGUGGUAACGACCACGGCCACGAGCACAAGGAUACCGUCUCCCUCCAGGCCCACGGAGCCUCCAGUGCGGCUGCAGUCGCAACCUCAGCUUCAGUGGUCAUGAGUGUCGGUUCUACAGACGCACUCGUUGAUUGCAGCUCGUGCAACUGCGAGAUUGGUCAGUGCAAGGAGUGCGAUCAAAGCUAUUUUCUGAAGGUUGACCCUGCUUGCGAGCAGCAUGUGCACUGCACCGGUGCUGAUAGAAAGCUUUUUAAAUGCAAACAGUUGCGAUCCGUUCUAUUGCUCUUGCUGGGCCUUUCUGUGCACUCGUUCACUGCAGGGCUAUCUCUUGGCUUCACGCAGACAGUGGACCAGGCCGUCGGUAUCUUUCUUGCCAUUAUCCUUCACAAGUGGUGUGAAACGUGCGCUCAGUCUUUGUCCGGCAUACGUAACGGGCUUUCCAUGAAGACUAAUGCUGCUGUCACAGCGGCACUUUCUCUCGUUACUCCUGUGGGCGCUUGGAUCGGGAUCCUUAUCCAGUCUACGAAUGGUGGUGCCACAGAUUCUAUCAUAUUCGACUACAUCAGCGACGCGCUCAUAAUGUUUGUUGCGGGGACGUUCGUGCAGAUUAUUUUCGAAGAGAUUCUUUUGAACUACGUUCCUGCAGAGACUGUUCAUGGCCGAGACACCGCCUGCAGCAUGACCCUUCGCGUUCUUACUAUGCUCCUGGGCUUUGCCUUUAUGUGCUGUGUCUCUGUCAUCGAGGGGGUCGUGGGGGAGAAGUGA